AGCAGGAGAGAGAGAGAGAGAGAGCUGAGAGAGGCGCUGUUGGCAAGCUGCAGCUCAGGAACAGCCGAAGGGGGAGGCGCUGCAGCGGCUGAGGGCAGACAGGCGGCGAAGGAGCGGAGCGUCGAGUCCAGGGAUGCACCGGCUCCCCAGCCGCAGAGCGAACUCGCACGCAGCGCCCUGUCCACAGACUGCACCCGUCCACAACACCGACUCUUUAAUCAGUCCAAUUGUUGGGGAAGGGAUCUGGUGUAGGGGACAAACAAGGCGCAGGUGACUGCAAUACCUCUGCUCCAUUUUAUUUGACAGUAGCUGGAGAACAUCAGGAGCGGUGUCAGGAAAGCGCCUUUUACCUCCUCAAGAAGCCCCAUUGCUGUAACGAUGUGAACCGAAUGGAGGCGAGGCGGUCAAGAGUGAAAAGUUUAUAUAGCUCGGCCGGGGGCAGUUAGUUGCUGGUUCUCUGCUCUAUCACAUUUCGCUGUUAAAACCAACCGUGUAAAAAAUAUAUAAUUCAAAGCAGUAUUCGGUGCAUUAACUUUCCCAAGUUGAGAGAGGGGGAGAAGAUAUUGUGGAAAUGUCUGCGAGCAUCCAGGAAUGUACCGGCGUGGUGCAGCUGAUGGGGUCAGAGGAAUGGUUUUGACUGAAGCCCGCCCGCUCGCCGGCUGCAACAAGGGUCCCGUAAACCCAUCUGAUCGAGAUUUAAUUUUGCCCGCGGACACAUUUGGCUGCGAACAGUAGCUGCGUUUUGGGACGCCUGCCUCUGCCGACGGAUUGUCACCUGGGUUUGCAGAGUGGAGGGAAGGAUGCACUCGGCUAUCUACAGAGCGAGAGCCGAGAAGCAGAAGGGGAGGCGCGGAUGUUUGAGCGUGGAAGUGAUCCUGCGGGGCGGCGCGCCGUGGGGAUUCACGCUGAAAGGUGGCCUUGAACAUGGGGAGCCGCUCAUCAUAUCGAAGAUUGAGGAAGGAGGGAAAGCAGACUUGCUCACAAGCAAACUGCAGCUGGGGGACGAGGUGGUCAAUAUCAAUGACGUGGAGCUGAGCGGCUACAGACUAGAGGCCAUUACAUUGGUGAAAGGUUCCUACAAGACUUUGAAGCUGCUCAUUCACAGGCGGACUGAACCCACAGCCCGACCUCACUCCUGGCAUUCUACAAAAUUAGCAGAAAACCAACCGGAUUCAAGCAUGAUGCAAAUAUCUCAGGGCACGAUCAGCACUCCUUGGCAUCAAACUUACCAUUCCAGUUCUUCUACCAGUGACCUCUCAGGCUACGAUCAUGGAUAUCUAAGGAGGAGUCCUGAUCAGUAUAGUUCAAGAGGGAGCAUGGAAAGUCUGGACCAUACCAAUCUUCCGUACCACUCUUGCAAUCUCUCGCCUGCCAAAUCCACCAACAGUAUCGAUCAGCUUUCUCAUCAUCACAGCAAAAGGGACUCUGCCUACAGCUCUUUCUCUACAAGUUCCAGCAUUCCUGAAUAUCCAGCUCCAACCUUCCGCAAUGAACGUUCCUAUUCCAUGGAAAACAUGCCUUCUAGGAAUAGUCUACAUGAAGGAAUCAGACAGGCAGAUAUAAAGUAUGUAAAGACAGUCUAUGACUCCCACAGGGGAAUAUCCGAGGAACGCGAGGUCAGCUGUCCUUCAACAAUAAAAGCAUCCAAUGGUCGAUCCCCGACAAGCUAUUACAAGCCCUACAGUGGCAAUAGACACAGUAUUGGUCCAGUGUGGAAUAACCCAGGCAGGGGCUCUCUUGAGCCGGACAAUAAAGCUCCCCCUCUUCCUCCGACCCGCAGUGACAGCUUCAUGGCAAUUCGAGGCCAUGACAAGCCUACCUCCUGGUCGAGUUUGGAUGGACAGAGCAAGCCUGCUCGACCUCAGCAAAAAGCAGCGUGGUCUCACCCUACCAACGCAGGCUCUGGUGGACAAGCUCAUCUGCUGAAGCCUCAAUUUGUAGAAGGACAACUCAACACAGUGAUGGAGAAGAGUCCCGAAAGUAGCCCAGUUACUCAACCCAAGCACACUUACAUUCAGACGCCACAGCCAGGUCAACCCAUGCUACCAACUGGAAUUUAUCCUGUGCCCCAACCUGAACCACGAUAUGCACAGGUGCCAACAAACAACAGCAAUUUAAUGCUUCAAAGCAACAAUAAUGGGUUAUUGUACCCUGCCCUAAGUAGAGAAAGUACACUCAGUGGUCAAAAUUCAACUGAAAGGACUAAAUGUGCUCCGUGCAAUGUCGAGGAAAGCAAAAUCCAAAGCAUUGGCAACAAGUCUGGUCUUUAUAAACCCAAUGCUGCAGUUGAUUCUGACAACAAAUACAAGGUGGCUUUAGAGAACACACAGAGUCAAUAUGGUCACUACGAGGUACAUGUCUUCCCUGACACUGAAUCAGGGUUGCCUGUUGGGCACCAGUCCUGUGCAAAUACAUCAACAGUUGUCAGCGCCAGUCCAAUUGAUGCACAGUAUUCUUGUGUAAAUAGCAAACAGCCACAACCCCAGCAAAGAAUGAAAAGCAGUGAGAAAGAUGUGUCUUCACAUCAAGCAGAGAGCAGACAAGGAAAAGACCAAAUGGAUGGAGAGUCUUAUCAGUGGAGAACAGAACAGGAAAAUCAGUCAACUUGGAUGCAGGAUGGAGACUGCCAGAGCUCUCCUUUCAGGCAGAACCAACAAGAGAGUAAAAUGGUUCACUGCAAGCAACAAAAUGUGGAUGCAAAAAUCUCACAACAAUGGGAAAGUUACAGUGACAGCAGAUUAUCCCAAAAGUUGGACCAGGACAGGAAAGAGCAGGUCUCUGACCACUGGGGAAACCACGGAAAGCAACAGUGCCCUAAACGCUACAGUGAAAUUGUCAACACUGUUCAGUCAAAGUUUCAGGAACAGAGCCAGUACCAAGAGCAGCACGGUGUACCAGACGCUGGGAGGAAUCGGUACAGUUCGAGCAGUACCCAAAGUUCCCAGAGUGGGCAUUUUGCAAAAGCUGAAAUGAACAAACGCUCCUCUGUUCUGGAAGCCGUCAACAUGAUUGAACAACGUGAACAGGACGAGAGAGCUCCGAAUCCACGAGGAUUUCACCUGGGUUCACACCAGGCCAGGUUCAGCCAGUCCAGCUCGAGGAACUCACUGAACAGCCUGGAUGAACCCAGGAGCAGGGUUGCUGACACCCAGCCGGCGAGGCAGCCACCAGCCGCGAUGAUGAACCUGAUAACUGCAGACAAGACUCCCAUCCUUCACCACCUGACCUGUGAGAGUAGAGAUGCGAUUUAUCGGUCAGAGGAUCCAAGGCGUGAGGACAGAGAGUUGCAAUUCCCUGUUAAACCCGCUCAACGGAACGACAGAACCCCGAUCCCCAUUGCAAACAAGGGCCCUCAGCUCACCAAGAGCAGAAGCUCCCUCCAGCUGAUGGAGAAAGGGGAGAAGGACACAUUCUGUGAAGACGACCUUUCGAGUUCUCCACCUGACAACGCGUUCAACCGAGCCUACAGGAACAGCCUGAAGGACGCGCAGAGCAAGGUGCUGCGGGCCACUUCAUUCCGCCGCAAGGACCUGGACCUGACGCCUCCCUACAUGGGCAAGAGCAAGAACAAGAGCAAUCCCAGGGCCGGGGAGCGGCCCGCCUCGGCGCACGUGGGCUCUGCCUCCCAGGCCCGGCUCUGGCACGCGCUGCAGGAGCGGCAGUGCGUCACGCCGACGGAGGGCCACGUGCGCCCGGCGUCCCUGGAGCCGCGUCACAGCGUGGGUCACGUGUCCCAGGAGAGGGCGGAGCCACGUCACAGUGAGGGUCACGUGCCCCAGGUGAGGGCGGAGCCACGUCACAGCGUGGGUCACGUGUCUCAGGAGAGGGCGGAGCCACGUCACAGCGAGGGUCACGUGCCCCAGGUGAGGGCGGAGCCGCGUCAGGUGGCCGCCGCCGGUCACGUGCCCCAGUUGAGGGUGGAGCCGCGCCAGGUGGCCGCCGCCGGUCCCGGUCUCCAUCAGCAUCAACAUCAGCAUCAGGUGGGUCGCAUCGGGGGUCGGCGGCGGCUGACGGCCGAGCAGAAAAAGCGCUCGUACUCGGAGCCCGAGAAGAUCAACGAGGUGGGCGUGAGCGACGAGCAGCGCAAGGAGCGCACCUUCACCUUCCCCGAGGCGGCCGAGCUGAGGUCGGUGGCCGACAGGAGGAGGCUGUUCGAGCGCGAUGGCCGCACCGUGUCCACCGUCAACCUGUCCCGGCCCGAGCUGAAGCAGCUGCAGCAGAGCGCACUCGCCGACUACAUCCAACGCAAGACGGGCCGCAGGCCACAGCUGCCCGAGCCCCCCGGCCUGGAUCACCACAGCCUCAGCUCCUGCUCCACCAGCCUCAGCUCGCUGCUGGAGCCCGGCGUCCCCGUCCCCGUUGCCCUCGCAGGCCCGCCACCACCGCCACACCAGCCCCGGGCCAGCGUGGUGGAGAGGCGCUACGGCUCUGAGUUAACGCUGAAUAAAACGCCGCCUCACGACCUGGUACGGCCUCCCCGUCACGGCCGGCAAGUCCCGGGCCAGGAGCAGCCUCCCUUCGACAGGCCCUCGUCCGCCAGGAACUCUGGCAAGUUCGCGUCCGCUGACAACUUGCUGCAGCAGAGGGCCGACCACCCCGUCGCCAUCCACGUCCGUUCCAGGUCCUCGCCCUCCACUGAUAUGGUCUCUCAGGAUGUUCUGUGUGCUAUGAACAGACCUUCAGCCUUCCCUAAAAAGGAUCUAAGUUCUUCUUCGUCCAAGAUGAUGGGCACUGACUGCACGAGCAACACCUACGGGGCUCUACUGGCAACUGGUUCCAAAGUCCAGCAAGUGCCAAAGCUGCCCUCCGAGUGCAGGUGGCCGCUCGUCCGGGCAGCCUCUCAAGACUGGAUGUUUAACAAUGAUGGCAGAAGCAAGCACAUGGGACCAUCUCUGUCAACUAGUUAUGAGGAUGAAUUGGAUCCCCUCACUGUAAACAAAUUGCCAGUUAGAAACGAGAAGCAGAAAUCCCUGGAGAAUUACAGGCCCAGCAGCACCUCCUGCAUCAGGCAGCUAACGAACACAGGGCAAUUCAACUACUGGUCGAACCCAGAGAACCCAACACAAGACGGAUCUGCUUCAGAACACUGCGGCAAAUCUAUCUCCAGUGAUCACGAGAACAAGAAUGGCAGAACGGCAGGGUCUUACCAAAACUACCUUCCAGAAGACACUGUGCUGAAGAAGAAGAGACCACCACAGAGACCUCCAGCACCUAAAUCGAAAUGGGUCAACUCAGUAAAUGAUGACUCCAUCAAGAGGGGCACGUUCCCUCCUAUUGCCAGGACAAAUUACGACCUGUCUGAGAGGGACCAGUAUCACAUUAUUGGAACUGCCAUUACACGGGAACCUGAGCUAGGACCUGCCCAACCAUCUUCCCCUCGGGGCAGCGUGCACUCGCUACCUUCCCUGUCGGAGUCGCGCCUCCAGUCAUUCUUAUCGUUCACAGAUGAGGAUGACGUGUUUGUCCAGGAUUUGGACACUAGGGUCCCUGCUGGAGGUUUUCAGCCCCUUCCGCCCCCACAUCCACAGGAUCCCAGGGCUGUACCGGAGACCAGGGACAACGAGUUUCCACCGCUGCCUUUUCCGAAUACCUUUAAAGAUCAGAGGACUGAGGAAUUAUUUAGCAGGAGUGAUGAACAAGCUGUGACCAGGUUUUCAGAAAACUAUUCCACCAGGGGCCUGGUGCCUGUGAUAAAUGACGCAGAUGAAAAUAGCCGUGCAGUCCCGCUAUGCAGCUGCUCUGCCCAACGCAGCACCAGUGUUAAUAUACCAACCACUCUUACAACCCGGGAAGAACCCCACUCAUCCCAAACUGAGCAUUGCCAAAGCCAGAGCUGGGAUUCCCCAUGUGAUCAAAUGCAAAAUGCAACCACAAUCCAGGAGAGCUCGGACUGUAAACUCCCUUCAAUGCCAAUGGAAGAAAUGAAGAAAUCACCUGAGGACCUCAAGUCAGAAGAACUUGCCAAAGAGAUCAUUGGCAAAGACAAGUCUUUGGCAGAGAUAUUAGAUCCAGAUUCAAAUUUGAAGACGACCAUGGACCUGAUGGAGGGCAUUUUCCCCAGGGGCAGCACGGUGAGGCAGGAGGUGCAACACAGAAGGCCAAGAUUACAGAAGAUGGUCAACAACUCUGUAUCUGAGGAGGAGAAGAAAGAGGAGAAAGAGAGGGGAGCAGCCACUGCACAUUGUCCCACUUACUACAGCACGUCGGCCCUCAAAGCUGAACUGAUGAAUAAAAUAAAGGAUAUGCAGAGAAAUGAUGCUGAAGAUGAGGAGGAAGUACCGGACAUAAACGAGAAAAAGAAUGAGCUAAUUGAGAGCAUAACAUGUAAAAUUCAAACCCUGCGUGAAGCCAAGGAGAGCCUAGCAACUGACAUUAAACUGAAUAGUGCUCUGGGCGAGGAAGUGGAGAUCAUGAUUAAAGGCUUAUGCAAGUCCAAUGAAUUUGAGAAGUACAGGAUGUUAAUUGGCGACUUGGACAAGGUCGUAAACUUGCUGCUUUCCCUCUCUGGUCGUUUGGCACGAGUGGAAAAUGUCCUGAAGACUCUGGAUGAAAGUGCAAAUGCGGAGGAGCGUAAUUUGUUAAAUGAAAAGCGUCGACUCUUGACCAGUCAGCAUGAGGAUGCAAAAGAACUGAAGGAGAACCUGGAUCGCAGAGCACGUGUGGUCUUGGCCAUCCUGGAGAACUACUUGACCGUAGAACAACUCGACGACUACCAGCACUUUGUGAAGAUGAAGGCGGCCCUCCUGAUGGAGCAGCGGGAGCUGGAUGACAAGAUCAAACUGGGUGAUGAGCAGCUCAAGUGUUUGUUGGAAAGCCUACCUGCUGACUUCAUAUCGCAAAGGACGGCUCCUUCACCCACCAGCCACUCCCAGCCUGGCACCUCACAGCAGACAUUUACCUCUCCCCUUUAAAUUGAGAGUAAGGGAUUAUUUUUUUCAGGUUUUAAGAGUAAACAUUCAAUAAACAUGAAUAUCAAAGACGGCGUAUUUAAAGUGCUCUGAGUUUUAAAGAAACAGUGGCUAACAUGGUUUGGCCAGAAGAUACUCCGCAUGGGAACAUACCCACAUGCUAGUCUACAUCAGCGCUACACUUGAAAAUUCCCAUGGAGAGCGAGAAGAAUCUUUUCAAAAGUAAUGUUUUUUAAAAAAGCACCCCAUGAAGGAAAGCAGCAGGGUAAAAGAUCUCUGCGUAAAAGAUAUUUUAAAAGCAAUAAGAAGCUGUUUUGUAGCCUUGCCAAUAACUUCAGAGAAUUACUACUAUUUAUAAUUUUGAAGUAUAAGAUUCUGUAUAUACACUAACCUUUCAUGGUUCUACUCUAUUGUGUAGGGGGGAAAAAGUCUAAUUUUGUAAGAAAAUCACUUUUGGAGAGAAAUACAACCCAUAUCACAAACACUGAUUGUAAUCUACUGAGUUUUUGCUUUUCGAUUAACAAUGAAGGACUUCGGAUCACCGGGAACAGAGGAAGCUGGAGAUGAACAAUCAUUUUUGUACCAAAUGCUGAUAAAUUCUUUCAAAAUAUGAUGAGUUUCCACUUUUAACUCACAUUGUCAGUAACUUUCACUUUUCAAAACAAUGUUGUAAACUAACGGAAUUUUUACAUCUGCAUUUUUGUCCUGAUAUUUGAUGGUAAGAUAUGACCCCCAGUAGCUGGGUAAUCACCCUUCUGUACAGCUGGCAGAAAUUAUUGACUGGCAUUGCUCUCCAGGACAGUACGGCAUGAGUUCCUCCAGUGCCCUCAUUAUUUAUACCAAGAUCAGACGAUAUUGAAAUAUAUGUAGAAUACUGAUUUGUUUCUGAAGUGCCCUCCGUGAAUGAAGGAACUCAAAAUUGGUACAUGUUGCAACCGAAGCUCUCCUGUCUUCAGAGUUCCCGUCUCUAUCUGCGUAAUGUGAUGUUAAUCGUAGUGUUGGAAAAGCAGUUUACAGUGCAGAUGCGCACAGCUCCACCCACAGAGCCCUAUUUAUGUGGGAAUCCUAUUGCAUUGGAUGAGUUGGGUACAACCUAAAGCUUCUGUAACAUUUUUUUCUCUUGUUAAAAUAUUCCGAUUUCUCAAUAUAAUGGGCUGUAUGUACACCACUGUACCAAAUACAAACUUUCUGAAGAGCAGACCCUGAGAUGGAAGAUGCGAUAAGAAUCUUCAUUACUUGACUGCUGUCAGAUCCAGGUUUUAUCUUAUUUUAAGCUUUGUUGUGGCAUCUGAUGACAAGUUGUUUUUUUUUUGUAAUUAAUAAUGUUUCAUGCUCCACUGUAAUGCCAACUUUUUUUAUUCAGAGGACAAUGACUUUUCAGAGUUCAAUCACGACUUGGUCACAGCUGUACUCGUUCAAUGUUUGCCAGUCAAUCCGAGUCUUUGCCCAGACGGUGAUGUGAAACGCGUUCCAUGGCUUCUCACAAAUCAGCCUGUAGUGCAGUAUGUGAAAUCAAUCCUUUGCCAUACUUCUCACAGUCAUAUGUGUUCUUGACCAGAAAUCAUGACAUUGAAGCUUGCACCCCACUUAUUGCUGCAGACAAUAAAAAUGAUGAGUGUCA